AUGGGGGUUCCAACGAUUGGGUUUGUUCUGUUAGUUGUCGCUGUUCUCCCGGCACAGUGUGAGAGACACUCUCUCUAUUACAUAUACACCGCCCUCUCCAAACCUGUCUCUGUACCUGGAAUCCAUGAGUUCACUGCUAUGGGCCUGCUUGAUGACAAAGAGAUUGACUACUACAACAGUCAGGACAAAGUCAAGAUUCCAAGACAAGACUGGAUGAGAGAGAGUCUGACAGCUGACUACUGGGAGAAAGGCACUCAGUCACGAAAGAGUAAAGAGCAGUGGUUUAAAGUCAAUGUCAAUAUUCUGAUGGAUCGAAUGAGACACAAUCAGUCUGAUGUCCAUGUUCUUCAGUGGAGACAUGGCUGUGAGGCUGAGAGACACUCUGAUGGAUCAGUAAGAUUUGUGAGUGGUGUUGACCAGUACAGUUAUGAUGGUAGUGACUUCCUGUCCUUUGAUGAUGACACUAUGCAGUGGGUGGCCCCAGUUGAUCAGGCCGUUCCCACUAAAAGGAAGUGGGAUGAUGUGCCCAUUCUCAACCAGUACACUAAGGGUUACCUUGAGAAGGAGUGUGUGGACUGGCUCUCCAAGUUCAUGACUUAUGGGGAAGAGGAUCUCAAGAAACAUUCUCCUCCUGACGUUUACGCUUUUGCAAAGAAAGCUAAAUCACCGGGCAAGCUGACCCUGACCUGUAUGGCCACUGACUUCUACCCCAAAGAUAUUACACUGCUCAUCAGAAAGAAUCGUAUUCGACUGGAUGACACAGAACCCCAGAAUGUCAUGCCAAACGGAGAUGGAACCUACCAGCUGAGGAAGAGUGUGGAGAUCCCUGAGGCUGAAAAAGCAGAUUAUGACUGUUGGGUGAACCACAGGACCCUGGACCAACCAAAAAUUGCUAUUUGGGAUGGGAACUGUGGGAACUGUGAUGGAGAAAGAGUUCUUGGUGGUGUCAUUGGUGGUGUUGUCGGAGUUGUCCUCACUCUGAUGGUGGUUGGUGUCAUCAUCUUUGUUCUCCGUAAGAGAGGACUACUUGGUGAGUACUGCUCAUCAAGACAGAGAGACAUAAAUGUCCAGCCCAGAACAUUUGAUCAGUCAGGAGGAGUCUCUGUAGUGACCAUGGGAUCUCCACCUGUGAAAGCAGAUGGGGGACUUCCAGUGAACACACCACUGCUGACUGAGACAGGAUCAGAGGAUAAAAGCUCCAAUCGUUCAUCUGAUUCAGGCCAGGGGAGCAGUGGUAGUUCACCAGGAGGCAGCAACGAGAAUGUUAAUGAAACUGCACAAAUGCUGACAGGAUCAUUAGGGGUCUUUAGGGGUCCAAAGGGGGUGACACGGGGGUGA